UUAAAUCAUGCACAGACACACAACAACAUGCACAGUUGAAACAAUUAAUUCAGUGAUUCUUUCACAUACCACUAGAGUAAGACUGUAUACAACUAGUGGUACUUGUACCACACUUUGAGAAUCACUGAAUUAGGUAAUUAGCAUAAAAAUAUGUUUAAAGCGGAUGUACAAAUGAAGCGCUAUUGUACAGUGUCACAUUGUGUGGCAAUGUUUCUCUCUCUGUUUCUCAUCCAUGUCACUCAGGGUGCAUUUGUAUAUAUAUAUAUACAUAUAUAUACAGAUAUCUUGGUUGGCAUAGUGUCAACAUCUGCUUCACCCCAGUGGGCUGUUGACCGCCUGUUGAGAGCCACGACAGAUGGAAAGGGAGCGCGUGGCUCAAACACUGCCCUCUUUGACUGCGCUGGCAGUUGUCUUCCUAAAAUAGCCUUCAUUCCACAGCCUUAUAUGUGCAAGCCCUGCAGCAUGCGCCCGAGGAGGUAUCGUGUAUCUAGGCCACACAAUACAAGUUGCAAGGCUCAUUGUUGCUGGCGACCAUCAGGCUUCUCCCCGCCCCGGGGAAAAGGCUUCUCUGCACACCAUGGAUCUCAUCCAGCUCAACCGCGAGUGUCUCCUGCACCUUUUCUCCUUCCUGGAUAAGGACAGCCGCAGGAGUUUGUCUCUUACGUGCGCACCGCUGCGUGAAGUCUUCCUGGACCCCCGGCUGUGGAAUGUGCUCCACUUCAGCUCGCUCUCUCAGCUGAGGAGCGACAACUUUGUGCUGGGACGCUCCUUGCGUCACCUGUCCAUCUGCUGGUACUCUAGCAGGGUGCUACAGGUGUGCAACAUCGAGGGCUGGUUGAAGAGCUCCUUUCAGAGGGACAUCUGCAGCAAACACGACAGACUGGUCAGCACCUUCCUGGCUCGUGUCUGCCGCUUGUGCCCGAACCUGCUAUCCUUGAAGCUGUCCGGCUGCGGACACAUCACCGAUCAGGACAUGAUCAUCCUGCUGCGGAACUGCAGGAAGCUGCACCGCCUCCACCUGGAGAACUGCGUCGGCGUCACAGACCGCAUACUGGACGGGGCGGUGGCUGACGGCUCCAGCCUGGAGGAGGUCAAGGUGGACUUCUGUAGGAACAUCACACAAGAGGGGCUCAAGGCUGUGCGAGAGAAGAGGCCCGAGCUGAGGCUGAGCGCAGAGAGGAGCGCAAGCAUGAUUCCAGAUAGUAAACCUGAGGAGAAGGUGCCGCUCACGAGAAAUUUGCAGAAACUCCUGGAGUUCUCCUGAUAGCAGAACCAGUGUUUUUCAAAGACUAUUUAUUAUUUAUUGACAGAGAGAUUGUCUUUUUUUAUUGGGUUUGUCUUCACUUUGUGUUUUUCUAACUUACUUUCCUGACUUUAUAGUUUAUACUGUAAUCCCCCACCCACUAUUCGACCGAGCCCUGCCGCAAAUAGCGAAAAACCAUAAGUAACUUGAUACCCCCCGCAAAUGUUUACUUUUUAGAAUUGUGUGUCUUAAUAGUUAUUCCUUAAAAUAUAUCACAAACUAUGAUUCCAAAAAGCAUACUGUAAUUUUAGAUGUAUCUUACAACAUUACCCUUACAAAUAAAUGGUUUACAGAUCAUUUGAUUUCAACAAUAUGUUGCAUUUUUGUCAAAGACACUUCUAAUUUCAUUAUGAAUUCCACAAAUUCUUGAAAGGAAGUCUUAAGUACACUUGCGCUCUUAAUUAUAUUCCAUCAGCAGGCCUU